AGGUAAGGAAUUUCCUUGGGUAUGCAUUGCAGCUCGUGUCAGUUUGUUACAGAUGUUUAAAAUCAAAAGCCAUUCGAAAAUCACACAAAACCCCAAUUUGGAUUACCAACAUAAAGACUAAAAAGUCUUUACCUUCCAAAAUUAAACCCCAAAAUAGCAACAUGUUUCCCGAUGACUUCGACGUUGAGCCCUUUAACCCGUUCAAUGUCGGACCGCCCAAUAGUGGAGCCCGCUCCGACUUCAAAAUCCCCACCUGCGUUACGUAUCCGCCUCCGGUGUUUGUGGCCAAGCCCGAGUAUGCACAGGAGGAAUUGCUUGCCCGGGAGAGUAAGCCCCGGAUGGGCUCCACAAAGCUCGGCGAGGUGGCCAUUUCCAAAGCCAUCAAAGAGGAGAUGGCCGUGGCCAAGAAGCAGGCCGCAGCCAUCCAUGAAAAAGACUGCAUUGAUGCGGGCGGUGUCUCCAGGACGAAGCUCACCAAGGACUCCCGGUCAAAGGAAGCGGUGGCAAAGGAAUCGCUUCGCACUUUAAUGCCAGUGAGGUCGAGCCGUCAGGCGAGCGGUGAGGGCAGGGCCAAUUUUCAGGUUUCCACUUCGGACUCCAGUGUGGCUUCCAAGGUGAGCAGCGUGCCCAAGCAAAGUCAGGCCAGAAUCGAGGCUAAGGCCUCGAAAACCUCCCGAACAAGAUCUGCGGUCUCAAACAAGAGCUCAUCGAAUACUACACUCACUCCGAAGUCCAUUUUGAAUUCACCGAACCCCUCAGAGACCGUAAAAGUUUCCUUCAGCGCAGGCAAAUCAAAGGUAUCGAAUAAGUCCUCGGAAACGGGUACUCAGCGAUCCGUAAAAUCGAAAGAGGAGUCGGCCUCGGAAGCCUCUGUAAAACCACAAAAGACAGAUUCGGCCUCCCAACAAUCCACUAGGGCGGAAAGCCAAGAUUCCCAGAAGACCAAUUCACAAGACCAACUCGCCUCUGAUCUCAUCUCCAAGAAUGCCAAGACAGCGGCUUCAGAGGCUAAAGUUAUAUCGAGAACCAACGUAUCAAGUGUGCUUCCUGAGUCUAAGGAUGGGCCCAGCUAUAUUCAGUCGGAAAGCGCCUUAUCCUACAGGCAGUCCUUGAACCAGCAGGCCGCCGAGCUGGCGGAUCGCCUAAAUGCCGGAAAUGAGAACUGCAGGCGCUACAACUCAGUGGCUCGAAAUCACUCGAUCACAGUGCCCCAAAAACUUUCUCAAGGGGAUCGCAUGACUUUCUGGUUCAGCGAUGCUGUGCUUUCCUAGAAAGUUAUUUAUUUAGCGGGGAAAUCCACAGACAAGGUUGGCCACCAUUGCUUGCUGUCGAGCAGGACAAAAAUAAAAACUUAAAUUGGCAGUUUUUACUUUCCAUUUACAGUUGGCUAACGAGAUAGGCAGAGACAACUAACCUGAUUUGUGGUGAAACAUUUUUUACCGACCAGUGUCAUUAAUUCAAAUGCGCUAAAAAUUUGCGGUCAAUUGUUCGUUUUAAAUGCAUUGCUGGCCAUAAAAUAUGCAAAAAAGUGACCUUAUUUUUACAAAAUAAAUGCGCUUUUAAAUAAAGUAUUGGAAUAGCACGCCAAA